CUCAAAACACUCUACAUAAUAUGAUAUUCCUCAUUUUCCUCCCCCAAAACACGUAAAAGUCUUAAAAAACAUCCUUAAGUUGGUAAAUGCUUGAUAUGGAGAAUAAUGGUGACGCUUCCGCCGCUAUCAUUUCUGCUUCACCAACCUCUUCUCCUCCGCCACCGCUUUCACCGCGGGUGGUGCUUAGCCCAUGCGCCGCUUGCAAAAUUCUGCGUAGGCGUUGCGGAGAGAAGUGCCUCUUAGCACCCUACUUCCCUCCAACGGAGCCGGCCAAGUUCACCAUCGCCCACCGCGUCUUUGGAGCCAGCAACAUCAUUAAGUUCUUGCAGGAACUUCCCGAAUCACAAAGAACAGAUGCGGUGAACAGUAUGGUGUAUGAAGCCGGAGCUAGAAUUAGAGACCCGGUUUAUGGAUGUGCAGGUGCCAUAUACAAUCUUCAAAGACAAGUUAGUGAACUCCAAGCGCAACUUGCAAAAACUCAAGUGGAGAUAGUGAGUAUGCAGCUUCAAAGAUCAAAUUUACUAGAAUUGAUUCAGAACAUGGACCAACCAAACCAAGAACAAUAUACUAUGUCCUUUGAGAGUUCCUUUGGAAAUUGUGAUGAGUUCAUUAGAAGCCCCGACCAAGAGAUGAGCAAUUGUUUUGGAUUCAUCGAAGACAAAUCCAGCACCAACUCAUCAAUGUUGUGGUGGGAUCCUCUUUGGACAUGAUUGAUCAUAAUUAAGUCAUAACUAUGACUAAUCAAAGCUCUUUAGUAGUUAAUUAUAUUCAGGUUUAGUUAGCAAUAUGCUGCAUGUUAAAAGAUGCUACAAUAUUGCGAAAUUUUACGAUUCAAUAUGUUAAAAUUUAUAUUUUCCUACUUUGAUAUCUAGAUAGAUUUCUCACGUGCC